AUGAAUUCACUCAGUGAAGCAAACACCCACUUCGCAUGGGAUCUGUUCCAACAGUUCAAAAUAGCAAAGAAGGAUGACAACAUCUUCUACUCCCCUCUCUCCAUCUCAGCAGCAUUAGCCAUGACCCAUUUAGGAGCCAAAGGAAACACUGCCCUCCAAAUUGAGAAGGUCUUUCACUUUAACGAAGCCACAAAGAACACGCAAGGAGCAACUACGACAGAUCAUGUUGAAAAGUUGGGAGAUAUGCACCACCAAUUUCAAAAGCUUCUGACUGAAUUAAAGAAACCCACUGAUGCAUAUGAACUGAACAUUGUCAACAAGUUCUAUGGAGACAAUAAGUACCCGUUUCUUCAAGAAUAUCUGGAUAAUGUUAAGAAAUUUUACCUAGCCAGUGCGGAAUCUGUUGAUUUCAAAAACGCUGCAGAAGAAAGUCGUAAGAAGAUUAAUUCCUGGGUGGAGAGCCAAACUAAUGGAAAAAUCAAGGAUAUGCUUCCCCAAAGAAGUCUUGAUGCUACUGUUCUGGUUCUGGUGAAUGCAGUCUAUUUCAGAGGCCAGUGGGACAAGAGAUUUGAUAAAAAAUAUACAGUGGAGGAAAAAUUUUGGCUAAACAAGGAGACAAGCAAACCCGUGCAGAUGAUGAAACAGUCCGUGGUCUUUAAUUACACCUCACUGGAGGAGGUGCAGGCCCAGGUUUUGGAAAUGCCAUACAAAGGCAAGGAUCUAAGCAUGAUCUUGCUGCUGCCAAAUGAAGUGGAUGGUCUGCAGAAGCUUGAAGAUCAACUCACCGCUGAGAAACUAACAGAGUGGACGAGCUCACAGAAUAUGAGCGAGAGCCUGGUGGAUUUAUAUUUACCCCGGUUCAAGGUGGAAGAGGGCUAUGACCUCAGGGGCGCGCUGAUGUCCCUGGGGAUGGUGGAUGCCUUCAGUGGACAGAAAGCCAACUUCUUGGGCAUGACAAGAAAACUGGAUCUCGUGGUGUCUAAAGUCCUACACAAGUCCUUUGUAGAGGUGACUGAAGAAGGCACCGAGGCCACAGCCUCUACAGUCGUAACUGUUGGGUUAACAUCACCACCAAUUCGCCGUUUUCAUUGUGAUCACCCCUUCCUGUUCUUCAUCAAGCACAAUAAGACCAACAGCAUCCUCUUCCUGGGCAGAGUCUCCUCUCCUUAG